AAGUCCGCCAAACUAACUUCGCUGGAGAAUAAUGGCAUCUGUUUACACCACCCUAACCUACUGGCUCGUGCACCAUCCCUACAUCGCCAACUUCACGUGGACCGAAGGUGAAACCCUAGGCUCCACCGUCUUCUUUGUCUCCGUCGUCGUUUCUGUUUAUCUCUCCGCCACAUUCAUCCUCCGAUACACCGUGGAUUCACUCCCCUCACUCGGUCCCCGCAUUCUCAAACCAAUCACAGCCGUCCACAGCUUUAUCCUCUUCCUCCUCUCCUUAACCAUGGCCGUUGGUUGCACUCUCUCCCUAAUCUCGUCUCAAGAUCCGAAGGCCCGUCUCUUCGACGCCGUUUGUUUCCCAGUCGAUGUGAAACCUAAGGGACCGCUUUUCUUUUGGGCUCAAGUCUUUUACCUCUCCAAGAUCCUCGAGUUCGUAGACACACUUCUCAUCAUACUCAACAAAUCAAUCCACCGGCUCUCGUUCCUCCACGUCUACCACCACGCAACGGUUGUGAUUUUGUGCUACCUCUGGUUACGAACACGCCAAUCGAUGUUUCCGGUUAGUCUCGUUACGAACUCGACGGUCCAUGUCAUUAUGUACGGUUACUACUUCCUCUGCGCCGUUGGAUCGAGGCCCAAGUGGAAGAAGUUGGUGACGAAUGUUCAGAUGGGUCAGUUUGUUUUCGGCUUGGGGUUAGGAGCCGUUUGGAUGCUCCCGGAGCAUUAUUUCGGGUCGGGUUGCUGCGGGAUUUGGGCAAGUUAUUUCAAUGGUGUGUUUAGUUCUUCUCUCUUGGCUCUCUUCUACAACUUCCAUUCCAAGAACUACAGGAAGACUAUAACCUCGAGAAAAAAUGAUUAAAUAUUGUCUUGAAUAUUAUAUAUGUUGUUUGGAUCUGUACGUUGAUGUGUUGUUACUGUAACAUGUUUGGGAUAGUAUGAAAUUGUUUUAUGUAUUAUAUAUGAAUAAGAUGACAAAAGAUAC